AAGCUCAAAAAAAAUUAAAGCAAUUAGGAACAGUCAGUCGCACGCUGGAAACCUCCACAAGACGUAGUGAUAUACGAUAUGAUAUAUCUUUCUUACCUAAGAGGUUAGCUCAGUGCGAUGGUUCUAGGUGACGUUGACCACCGAUAAUCAAACUCAAGACGCGAUGGCAACAGGUAAGCGACGUAGCAUCCACACAUCGUCCGGGAACACCGGCUCGUCUGGUUACCCCGGCAGCGGUUUGCGCUCGAACAGCCGAAUGAACUUCCGGCCGAGCAACACACAACAGGAAGACCGUGGUGGCACUCGACCGACCGCGGCACCGAGCUCGAUCGGCCUCAUCCUGGUCACUAUGCUGCUGCACGUUUGCAAGAAGUCGCUGCUGUUCGACACCCGGCUCAAGGUGGCUGUCUACUGUGGCAUGAUAUUCACGGUCUCCCUGAUUGCAGAUUUCAUCGCAAUGCCACGCACAUAUUUCUCCAGAUCCGACAACGUCCUGAAUCAGUACUUCGUCAAAUGGGGCUGGGGCUGGUUGCUAUCUGUAAUCGUACCCUGGGUCGUCCUGACAGCUCACACCCUGGGUUGUGGCCGUCGACCGAUCCUGAUGAGACACUUUGCCCGCGUUAUACUUGCCACCUUUGCUUGGUUAAUCUGGACAAAGCUGUUCAAUUACAUUGAGACCAACUAUGGCAGAUGUCUGGGUACUCGCGACAUUCACAUGCAGUCCAAGGCAAAAUGUCUGCAAUCAGGUAGAUUUUGGAGUGGCCUUGAUAUAUCUGGACAUACAUUUAUUUUAAUUUAUUCGAGUCUAAUCCUUGCCGAAGAAGGAUCCUCUUUAAUAGGAUGGGAGGGUAUCAAGGAUCUAAUAAUGCGAGAAGAACACACACGGUCUGUGCCGACUGAGAGUAGCACUGGUCCAUUGCGUAAUCUCUCAGAUGGUGACCUGGGAUUCUUGAAAAAGGCUCACCGCGCACUCACACCAUAUCUACGUGGUCUUUUUGUGGCAAUGACAUUACAGCAGCUGCUGUGGGAUAUCAUGUUAGUAUCAACAAUGCUUUAUUAUCACAUUAUGAUUGAGAAAUUCCUGGGUGGCGCAGCUGCAGUCAUUACGUGGUAUAUUACGUAUAAAUGGUGGUACAAGCUGCCCAGGAUUGGCCUGCCAGCACCUGGUGAUGGCCUCUUUAAAUACAACGAGAUAAAGACUAAUCCGGAGAUCAACACCAGGGUGAGACGCACCACACUGAACGGUAACAAUCAACCAAGGUUUAUGGGAAUGCCGAUCAGAACAAUGCAAGAGUCCUCGGAAUUGAAUUCGUCAUUCAGACAAGCAGAUCUCGACACAUCUGUUACAAGAGGGUAAAAACGUCCUCGAUAAACUGAUCACGAACUUUCACGCCGGCACUCUUGUCUCCUUGAUACUAAGUGCAAUUUGGUGAUCGUACAGCAUGGAUCAUCGGUUAUAUAUAGGGACUGAAUAUUUUGAGAAUAUCCAAAUAGAACUUAUAAUGCCUUAUGAUCUACGAAAUUUCCAUUUCUAGUAAACAAUUAAAACGUUGCAUCGGCACACGCGUGAGGAAUAUAUAAAAUGUAUAUAUAAUAUUUAAAUAUGUGAUUAUAGGAAAUAUAUAGGGCACUCUUAUGUUUGAUAUAAAUGUUGAUUCGAAUGUACGAAUUGUAAAAACUAAAAAUUCGUCUAAAAUUUAUGUAUGGGUGGCUUCCUUUAUUUUUUUCUACACGUAAGCAAAGGAUUUCAGACACCGAGUAUGUAUUGGGAUGUGGGUUUAAUUAAGUUGAUUUAAACUCGGAGUGCUUUUAAGUUCUCUACUUCGCUUUUAAAUUAUUCAUAAUUAUAGGAUGAUAAACAGGAGUAUGUGCCUGUUUGUUUCGGUUCUGGAAUGUUAUUAAGAACAAAAAAAAGACACAUUAUUUAUUUAAUCUGUAUAGAGUUCAAAGUCUGUGUCUUUGAUAACACU